UUGGUUCAUACAAUUUCCAAGCAGGGCGGGAAUUUAUGUGGCACGUAUGACUAUGUAACCAAACUCGCGGAAAAUGAUGACAUUUUUAUACUGCAAUAUCAUUUAAGCUGUUUCUUCACUCUUCCCUUCACACAUACAAAGAGCGAUCAUGGCAACUUCUGCUGUGGAGUACACCAUAGGUGGGGUGAAGAUACAUUUUCCCUGCAAGGCUUAUCCCUCUCAGCUGGCCAUGAUGAACUCAAUUGUCCGCGGUCUGAACCAUGGACAGCACAGUCUCCUGGAGAGCCCCACAGGGAGCGGGAAGAGCCUGGCUCUUCUGUGCUCUACACUAGCCUGGCAGCAGGCACAGUACGCUAAAGACCCAGCUAAGAGCAGUGGAAGCCCCUCUACAGCCUGUAAGAAGCCAGAUGUUGCCACACCUUGCCAAUGUGCUUGUCAUAGCGGGUUAGCAAGAAUGACCACUCCUACCAAUGCAUCACCAACUAACCAGGUUGUAGUGGACCUCACAGGCCCGGACACAGAAGCAGCAGCAUGUAGGUCUCAUUCGGCAGAGAAAGAGAAGGACCACCAGGCCAAGAAACCUGCGUCUCUUGCCUCAAAGCUUUCCGUGAAGCUACAAGAUUCCUUUAACACCAGUGUGGACAAGGAUGAUGACUUCCAGACCGAUAAGAAACGCCUCCGCACUCCACCCAUGGACCAGAGGACCAGUAAGCGGAGGUGCAUGGGCCGCGGUGCAGAGCGUGGCGUGGUCUUCAUCGAUGACGAGUCUGAGGCAGAGAGGCAGGUGCCCAGGGCCCAGAGCUGGACCAUGGAGCUGAGUUCCCAGGCCCGAGCACAAGGAGCCCUGCCUUCACCAGAGUGCUGUUCCCCCGUGUCCUGUUCUCUGUGCCCCUGCGCCGAGGCCAAAGGCGGACGGAAGGGUCCGGGGUGCGGGGAGAAGCCCAGGGACAAAGAGAAGGGUCCGGGCGGGGAGCCGGAGAAGAGGAAGAUCCCCAAGAUCUUCUUCGGCACGCGCACGCACAAGCAGAUCACGCAGGUGGCGCACGAGCUGAAGCGGACGCUGUACUCCGGCACGCCCAUGACCAUCCUGUCGAGCCGCAACCACAGCUGCGUGCACCCGGAGGUGGCGCCGCACGCCAACCGCAACGAGCGCUGCAAGGAGCUGCUCGACUCCAAGGACGGCCACAGCUGCAAAUUCUACCACGGCGUGCACAAGAUGCGUGAGCAGAGCGCGCUGCAGCGGGUGCACGGGCUGCACCAGGCCUGGGACAUCGAGGAGCUGGUCAAGCUGGGCACCAAGCUGCGCUCCUGUUCCUACUACGCCGCCCGUGAGCUCAUGGCGGAAGCCUGCAUCGUCUUCUGUCCGUACAACUACUUGCUCGACCCCCUCAUUCGUGAGAGUAUGGAAAUCAACCUGAAGGGCCAGAUCGUGGUGCUGGACGAGGCCCACAACAUCGAGGACUGUGCGCGAGAGAGUGCCAGCUACACGCUCAACCAGACCGAGCUGCUGAGCGCCCGGGAGGAUCUGGAGUCCAUGAUGAAGCACGGCAUCCGCCCCACCCACCACAACCCCCUACUGGCCUUCUGCUGCAGCCUCACCAACUGGGUGCAGGAGAGCAGCGGUGCCCUGAAGGAGAGGGAGUAUGAGAGCUCCUGUAAGGUGUGGACGGGGAAGGAGGUGCUGGGCAUCUUCCACCAGAUGGGCAUCACUGCAGCCACCUUCAGCAUGCUGCAGAAGAACCUGGCAGCGGUGUUGGAGAAGGAGGAGCGUGUGGGGCUGGUGAACGGCAGAGAGGACACCAUCACGGUCCCCACCAUCAGCUCCAGCACCCAGUCUGUCCUCAAGAGCCUCUUCAUGGUCCUCGACUACCUCUACAGACAGGAGAGCAGGUUUGCUGAGGACUACCGGGUGGCCCUGCAGCAGACCUACGCCUGGACCGUCCAACCCGAGGUGCCCGACGCCCAGGGCUUCUUCGGCAGGCCGCAGCGCCGAAACAACAGAAACCGAGGCACCCGCACCAAGACCCUUGUGCACACGCUCAGCUUCUGGUGCCUCAGUCCUGCUGUGGCCUUCUCGGACCUGAGCGGCUCAGUGCACAGCAUCGUGCUGACCUCCGGCACACUCUCCCCCAUGGACUCCUUCUCCUCGGAGCUGGGCGCCAGCUUCCCCAUCCAGCUGGAGGCCAGCCACGUCAUCAAAAAGUCCCAGGUGUGGGUUGGCACCCUUGGCACAGGCCCCCAGGGCCGGAAGCUGUGUGCCACCUUCCAGCAUGCGGAGACAUUCACCUUCCAGGACGAGGUUGGGGCGCUGCUGCUGCACGUGUGCCAGACCAUGGCCCGCGGCGUGCUCUGCUUCCUGCCCUCAUACAAGAUGCUGGAUAAACUACGGGACCGCUGGAUAAACACGGGGCUGUGGGAGAAGCUGGAGGAGAGGAAGACCGUGAUCACUGAGCCUCGCGGAGGGGGGAAGGGCGACUUUGACGAGCUGCUGCAGACCUACUACGAGGCCAUUAGCCACAGCGGCCAAAGAGACGGGGCGCUGCUGUUAGCAGUGUGCAGAGGGAAGGUGAGUGAGGGACUGGACUUCACUGAUGACAACGCCCGGGCCGUAGUGACCAUCGGAAUCCCUUUCCCCAACAUCAAAGACCUCCAGGUAGAGCUGAAGAUGAAGUACAACGAUCAUCACUGUAAAGCUCGGGGCUUACUGACUGGUAGCCGCUGGUAUGAGAUCCAGGCCUACCGUGCCCUCAACCAGGCCUUGGGCAGGUGUAUCCGCCACAAGAACGACUGGGGUGCUCUCAUUCUGGUGGACGAUCGUUUCAGGUCAAACCCCAACAAGUACAUCACAGGUCUAUCAAAGUGGGUGCGUCAGUUGGUCCAACACCACAACUCGUUUGGUGACGCCAUGCAGUCUCUAGUGUCCUUCUCCCAGUGCCAACAGGGGGCAGCAGAGAAUCACGAAGCAUGGAAGACGGAGCCAGUGCCGCCCUCCUCCACCCCCUCCUUCUCCGCCUCUGGCACCACGUUCCUGUCCCCCCCUGCCAAGACAGCGGGGCCACCCCAGCUACCAGCAUGCCCAGCGGGGGAGCAGAGACUGGCUGCAGGGCCUCCACCUCAACUAAGCAGCCCCUUGGCCACCUGCCAUGGUGCAGGCACAGGUACAGGUGAACAGGUGCGUCCUCCAUUAACACCACUGGCGAUAGGUGAGGGGGGCAACAUGACUGCCAGGCAGGUCACGCCAAAGCCCAUCCACCACUUCUUCACCUCGACCCCGGUCAGCGCCCGCUUCAAGUCCCCCAUCUUUUCCUCCAAGGACCUGGAGAAGAGCGGCAAAAAUCCCAAGACUGAUACCAUGAAUCCCAGUUCCACCCAUGGGAGGACUGUAGAGGAAGUGACCUCACCACCUUUGUCCACCCCACAUAUACAGACAGAGCCCCCUAACCCUCUCCCCACUGUUGAACUGACUGUCUCCCCAGUAAAGGCCCCUCCAUGCCCCCCUCUCCCAGAGACGGACAACCCUACGGGACCUGCCGAGGGUGGAGAUGGGAAGGAGGAGGAGGAGGACCAGACCAUCUACUUUACUCCGGAGCUGUUUGGAGAUGAGGAAGAUUGUGGGGAUGAGGACACUGAUGAAGACAGCACUGUGGUGGUCCUGGAGGAAAAAUCUCCACAGAGGACUAAAGAGAGGACACAGCUUGGCAUACCAGAAUUCUCUGGGGCAGCCACAGCUGCCGGAUUCUCAGAGGAUCUGUUCAGCUCAGGGGAGGUCAGAAGGAGCGGCCGCACUACUGCUCAUGACCUGCAGGGUGGCACCGUGUUCACAGGCAAAGAGCACAAAAGAACAGGGCAAGGGCAGGCAGAUGAGAGGCAGACUACAAACAGCAGGAGAAUAACAGGCAGUGAGGAGACACAGGCGCAGGCACAGGCGCAGGCACAGACGCAGGCACAGACGCAGACCCAGGGCAGACAGACAGGCAGCAGGUCACACAGGCUCUCCAGGUCUAGUCGGAAAAGCCUCCCUUCUUCCUCAGGUAAAGUCACAAGCUACUUCUCUCCCCUCCCACAGGCGAAGGCCUCUGAAAUCAUCACCCUAGAUGACUAGAAGCAGAAGAGCAGGGCUGAUAAACUGCACAUAAUGAAUAUGGGAGUGAGUAAGUGAAUGCAGCUAAAUGAGCUCGUUAUGUGGUGUGACAGAGCAACAGCGUGUGUAAUGCUAACAAACACAUUUAGGCACACCCCCCCCCCCCCUUUUAAAUGCACAGUUGUGGUUCCCCUUUUAAAAUCAUUAAAACAAAACGACGACACGCUCUGAUUUUUUCGCUGUCCUCCAAAGGCGAGGAGAGGAGGCCGAGUUGUGGGUUGUUUUUAAUGAGCUGUGUUGUUAUAUGGAUGCAAUGUGUGGAGGGGGUGGGGUGCUGUGGCAUGGCCCACUUCACAUGACUACAUUUAGGCCCUAUGUUUUUCCUCUAGCAUUCUCUCUCUUGCCUUUUUACACAAAAAUUACACCUCAGUAAAGUUUUAAGUAUGUGUCCUUUUUGAGGUAUGCAAAGGAUAACAAGGCAGGAAAUGGGGUGCGCACGUGCGUGUGUGCGU